CCCCCGGCUUGGCAUUUGUUCCCGCGUCCGGGCGGAUAAGUUCAACACGUGUACGAUGUAGCAGAGCUCAAACCCCCGAUGGCAUUGAAGUGAGGGUGCCGAGCACAAUAUUGAGCUGAGGAGGGAGCGCCAAAGCACUCGCCGGCCUGAGCUCAAUAGCAGAUGCUUGUGAUUUCAUGCGCUAUGAUAGAAGCUGAGAGCAUGUCUAAGAGCUGAGUCCUUGGUUAUACGUGCGGACGGAACUGCUGACAGAUACUGAGGUAGGAGAGUAAGCAGCAGCUGCGUGGUGCGUUAUGUUCGUUUUUGUUUGUUCGCACGGUGUUGAGUCUGAAAUCCGCGAGACGACAAGGUGCAGAAACGGGAAAGUCGUGGAUCCAACAGCAUGCGUGUCAGCUCGGGAGUCGGGAAACUUGGGAAUGGCGCAGAAAUAAAUUCAAACGCAGAUGACUAUGUCAUGGAUAUGAUAUUCAACCGCUGUGGCACCGUGCUGCACCUGCCGCGCGGCACGAAACAAGUUUUAGGUCGCCGGAGGCCCGUUGCCGGCUGGGACGACAUCUCUAUAUCGCGACAGCACAUUGAAGUAGGCCUCAAUGCAACGGGGGAGCUGGAGCUCAAAACGGUCGGGCGCAAUGCCGUCGUUCUGGAGCGGCGGGCGACAUCACCGAUUGGUCCCGGUGCGAACCAAAGCUGGGACCUGGUGGCGGUGGUUGACCCGGGCACAUCCACCGUGCUGGCACUGGACUCCCCCGACCCCAUCACCACCACCUCUACCACCACAACCACAUCCACCCCUGGAGCCCAUGACGCCAGCGUCAACGCCGUACAGGAUACUGCUGCGCCGGGCCCCGGCGCUGGCGCCGGGGUAGGUGCGGGUGAGCCGCUGCCUCCGCGACCGCCAUCGCCGCCGUCGCCGCCGCCGCUGCGCCUGUUCGUUCUGGGCGCCCGCGACAGCACCCUGGUGGGGCUGCGGCCCCGGGAGCCCCCGGAUGGAGGCAGGGGAGGUGGGGGAGCAAGCAGCUCUGCAGCAGCAGCAGCAGCGGCAGGAGGGGCAGCGGCGGCGGCAGGAGCAGCAGCAGCAGCAGCAGGAGCGGCAGCGGCGGCAGCGGCGGAUGAUGCGGGGAUGGUGGUGGUUGGCAGCGGGCCAGCCCUCACAGCGGCGAGCGCUGGCGCUGGCGCUGCUGCCAGCGGCUCCGCCACCCCCCUGUCGCCGACCCCCCACUUGCACUCCCAUGCCCACCCCGACUUCCAGGCAGCAUCGCCGCAGCCGGCGUUGCUGUCUGCAGGGGGCGGGUCGGGCGCAGCUAGGGCCGCGACGCCGAGCGCCGGAGGAGGCGACCGCAGCGACGCCAAGCGCGGCGGGGCUGUGAGGCGGGAAACACACGACGGCGAUGACGAUGACGAUGAUGAUGAGGAGGAGGAGCAUGCUGAUGAUGCUGAUGAUGAGGAUGUGGUUGUGGUGGAUGAGCAGCCCCCUCAUAAGAGGGCCCGCAGUGACCAGGAGCCGCACCGGGGGCAGCAGCUUCCUACUCCUCCGCAGCAGCAGCAGCAGCAGCAGCUGUCACCGAAGGCAGCGGUGGUGGCCGGCGCAGCAGGAUCCAGGGACUUGCCAGUGGGGCUGCUCGGAGCCCGGACGAGAGGAGGUGCAGCUGCAGGAGGCGGGGGUGGAGGGGCGGGAGGCACGGCAGCGGGGUCGGGGGCGGGGCUGAGCGUGCCAGCGCCGUACGACGUAAACACACCCAUGCAGCUGCUGCGUGUCAGGGGUCUGUCUGAGCGCUACAACGCGGGCUGCCUGGGCUGCAGUCUGGGGGCCCUCACACGCGCGGGCGGCGGCGUCAACGACUCGCCGCCUGCUGUGGCGCUGGUGUCCAACUACAUGGUGGACAUGGGCUGGCUGCUGUCUGCGUGCCCCGACCUGGCGAGGGCGCAGCAGUUCUUCGUGGUUCACGGCGAGCCGGCCGAGGCGGAGCCCGACAUGCGGGCCGAGGCGGCGGCGGCGGGCGCCCGCCACGUGGCCCUGCACCGCCCGCCACUGCCCAUCGCGUACGGCACCCACCACUCCAAGUUCAUGCUGCUGGUGUUCCCGCCGGCGCCGCGGCCGGGGGCUGUCGGGGGUGGAGGAGGGGGUGGAGGAGGAGCUGGGGAAGGAGGAGGGGGUGGUGGUGGUGGUGUGGGGGGAGGGCUGCGGCUGGUGAUACACACCGCCAACGCCAUCUACGCCGACUGCAACAACAAGAGCCAGGGCUUGUGGGUGCAGGACUUUCCAUUAAAGUCUGCCACCGCCGCUGCCGCCGCCCGCUCAGCCGCCACGCCCACCCACAACCCCAGCCCCGCCAACCCUUAUGCCGCAACGCCCACCCCAACAGCCCCACAACAACCCCAGCAGCCCAGCAGUCCCUUCGAGUCCUACCUGCUCGCCUACCUCCGCGCCCUCGCCAUGCCGCCGGCCAUGUCGGGACCGGUGCUGGCGGCGGUGGCGGCACACGACUUCACCGCGGCCCGCGGGGCGCUGGUCGCGUCGGUGCCGGGGUACCACCGCGGGCCCACAGCGAUGGCGGCGUGGGGGCACGGGCGGCUGCGGCGGCUGCUGGAGGCGCAGGUGCAGCUGCCGCCGGGGUGGCGCCGGGGCGGGCCGGCGGGCAGUGCGGCGGCGGGGGCGGCGGGGCUGGCGGGCGAUGCGGGUGUGGGAGGAGGGGGCGGAGGAGGGAGAGGGGAGGGAGGACAGGAGGGGCUGUUUAUUCAGUGCAGCAGUAUGGGCAGCUUCCAACAGGAGUGGCUUCUCGGCGAGUUCGGUGCAGCGCUGGCAGCACACAGCAGCAGUGGUAGAGGGCAGGCGCUGGGACAGGGGCGGGCGGCUCCUGUGGGUGGUGAAGGGAGAGGGGGCGGAGGUGGCGGAGGAGGACCAGGAGCAGGAGCAGGCGGAGGCGCGAGGACUGCGGCAGCUACGUUCGGCGCCCGCUCCACCACCACCAGCAGCAGCUCUCUGCUGCCGUCGACUCCGUCGCGCCCCAGCGGCCCGCCAGGCACGCAGCCGCUGCCGCUGGCGGUGGUGUGGCCGGCGGUGGCGGAGGUGCGCAACAGCAAUGAGGGCUGGUUCGCUGGCGUGUCCAUCCCCGGUCCCGCCAAGAACGUGCGCAAGCCCUUCAUGUCGGCGCACUACUGCACCUGGGGCGGCGAGGUGCUGGGUCGGCAGCGGGCCAUGCCGCACAUCAAGACCUACGGCAGGUACUGCGGCCGCCACCUGGCCUGGCUGCUUGUCACCAGCCACAACCUGAGCCAGGCGGCCUGGGGCGGGCUGCAGAAGGGCGGCUCGCAGAUCAUGGUUCGGUCGUACGAGUUGGGGGUGCUCAUCACGCCGCAACUGGAGGCGGCGUACAGGGCCUCGCCGCAAUUUGGCUACACGUGCGGCGGCGGCUGGCUGGACCCCGCCGCCGCCGGUACCACCGCUGCUACUGCUGGUAGUGCUGGCGGUGGAACGGGUGGUGGUGCGGGUGGUGGGACGGGCGCUGGCGCUCCGCCGCUGGUGCGCCUGGUGGCCAUGGACGGCCCUCCUGUGCCGCAGCAGGCACAGCAGGACGCGGCACGGGCGGACGGCUCAGCCCACACGCCCGAGGUCGAGGUGGCGAUGCCGCUGCCGUUCAGACUGCCGCCCGUGCGCUACCGGACCGCGGCAGGGGCGGCCGGUGGGGCGGCGGGCGCGGGGGCCGCAGCAGCAGGAGGAGGGGGUGGUGCGGGGGCCGCAGCAGCAGGAGGAGGGGGUGGUGCGGGGGUGGACGUGCCGUGGGCUGUGGACGAGCCGCAGGUGGGGGUGGAUGCGCUGGGGCUGCCCUGGGGACUGAGGCGGUCGCACUACGGGCACCGGGAGCCAACGGACUGAUGGGGGGGGUUGCCGGCGUGUGAGGGGGUGCCGGCGUGUGAGGGAUUGGGCGCGUGGUCAAGAUGGAGGCUGCAGCUGUUGUUGUGGUGCAGAGAGUGGCGGGCGCGGGUUCUGCAGGAUUGAGAAGGCGGAGCGGAGCGCUAAGGCAGGCGGGCGUUCAGGCAGGCAGGCAGACAGGCAGGCAGGUAGGCGAAGGCUGGGUAGGGGCGGCAAACACGUGCCUGCGGGCUUGGGCCUUGGGGCGGUUGAGAGCGUUGGCGUGCUGCAUGGGUUGCGCGUGCCCUCACGGACACGUGUGUGUGGAUACCAGUGCUGCAAUGGCCACCGCGAUCGUUCGUGUCAACUCAUGUGACGGGGGUAGCAGCGGGGCUGCAACAGUGGCAAGUGGAGCAGCAGCAGUGGCAGGCGUGAUAUAUGGCCAAGCUACUGGGGGCCGCUGGGCAUGCAGGGUCCCGCAAGGGAGGCGGGGGGCGGCAGCGUGUUGGGGCUGCGGCCCCGAGUCAAGAGGUACGGCGAACCCUGCUGCAGCAGGGGCCGCAAGGUCCAGACACGAAUGCUACAGCUAACGUGCGCGCAUAUUCUGUCCAGCGUCCACGUGUGUAAUGUGUGGUGUGU